CCCACAGCCUUCCCAAUCCACCACACAAGUAGUCAGACAGCAUGGCCCUCAUGAUGCAGAAGGUUGCUGCUCCGGUCUCUCGCCGGGGCAUGAAGGUGGUCGCGCAGGCGACCCCCAACACCGCCUCGCGUCGUGCUAUUCUGGGCGUGGCGCUGCUGCCCGCGCUGAUGUAUGCCCCCAAGGCUCUGGCCCUGAUUCCUGACGAGGAGGAUGAGGACCUGGUGGAGAAGGCGAAGGCCAACCGCCGCGCCCGCCUGGCGCAGCAGCGCGGCGUGACCCGCGACUUCAUGGCCAGCGAGAACCUGACCGACCGCCGCCUGGAGCAGGAGCUGGUGCCGGUGCAGAAGGCCGUGUACAAGCUGGCCAAGAGCGGCAGCCAGCUGGAGAGCGGCGACCUGAAGGGCGCGGCCAGCACCCUGUCCGAGUCCUGGGUGGGCGACUUCAGCACCGUCGCCUCCACCGUGUCCGGCAGCACCACCGCCGGCAAGCUGGUGGAGGCCAUCAAGAGCGUGCAGGCCGCCGCCGCCAAGGGCGACGCCGCCGGCUCCAAGCGCGCGUACGUGAGCCUGGUGUCGGACCUGCAGAGCUGGGCCGACGCGUCUGGCCUGGCGACCAGCCUGAAGGGCCUGUAAGCGGCGGAUUCAGUGUGGUGGUAUCAGCGCGGGGUGGCUCUGAAGGAGUGGCAGCGGUGAGGAGUGGCGGCGGCAAGGAGCGGCGGGUCGGUCGCCUGGGCCCCAGGGGCGCGUGGCUCGGGCCUAACAGCCGUCACGGUGAGCGCUGCACAGUUGGGGCUCGGCGGCGCAGGCAUGCCAGAGCUUGGGAAUUAGGAUUGCAGCAUGGUAGCUUUCAGGAGCUUCACAUGUAUGUUAGAGCCAUGUGGAUCCUGCUGCAUGUAGGGAAGAGGAAAUUAAGAGGAAAUUGUCGUUGCGUCUUCUGAGAGGCCGUGUUCAGGUGUUGGUGUAUGCUUUGGAUGUAUGCUUUGGCAAGUGCGGCGUAUAUUGUUCUUGUGCCGCGGUGGUCAGUUAAUUCAGGGACCAUUAUUUUGCUGCCAAGCAAGUAGCUAGUGAUCAAGGGUCGCCACAACGGUGACAGAUCUAUGCGGCAUGUUGGGGCCGUUGCAGCUGGCGCACGCACAGUUUUGACGGUCAGUAUGGCUGCGCCGGCGCUACGUGCGCCACACUUUUUUCGUGCGGAUGUUCCUGUAACCAGGAUUCUGG